CAGCUACUCCAGCACACGUGACAUAAUGGAGUCUGAAGAUCUUGUCCAAUGCCCCUAUGACAAAAACCAUAUGAUACGUUACAGCAGGUUCCCAUAUCACCUAGUAAAAUGCAGAGAGAAUAAUCCUGGGAUGGCCAAAAAGCUGGUGUCGUGCCCGUACAAUGCUCGCCACAGAGUACCAAAACAAGAGCUUGAGUUGCACAUGUCAACCUGUGAAAGCAAAUGCCAGGAAGAUCUACCUGAAUUACAGUAUUUUGUCACAGAACAAGCAAAUAAUGCCCUGUCAGCACAAAAAAACUUUCCAACAUGUGAAGAAAACUGGGAAGAUGAAGAUGAGUCUGUGGCUGCUCCCUUUGUUUUAUACGAAUAUGGAAAUUGUAGCCCUUAUGAUCUACCUAAGGAAUCUAAGAAUAAACCCUGCUAUUACCCAGAUGGUGACCCCAACAUGAGUGGUUUUGCUUUGCAGCCCAAUUCAAGCCAAUUUGGUAAAAGUUCUACGGAUUCCGAAUUUAAUAACUAUAAUCCCCAAACUACAAAUAUGCCCAACCAAAAGCCUCAAGUACAGAAUCCUGUACCAAGGAUGGAUAAUCCUUGGAUGAAGGAACCAAGACAGCUAGUUGCGGUUGAACCAAAAUCAUUCUCUUAUUCAGGUCAGACAGAACAGUGGCCAAGAGCUACAAAUAUUCCCAAUCAAAAGAUGUCAGUCUGGAAUGACAAGUCUCAAGUACAGAAUCCUGUAUCAAGGAUGGAUAAUCCUUGGAUGAAGCAACCAAGACAGCCAGUUGCUGUUGAGCCAAAAUCAUUCUCUUAUUCGGGUCAGACAGAACAGUUACCAAGAACUACAAAUAUGCCCAACCAAAAGAUGUCACUCUGGAAUGGCAAGCCUCAAGUACAGAAUCCUGUACCAAGGAUGGAUAAUCCUUGGAUGAAGGAACCGAGACAGCCAGCAGCUGAUGAGACAAAAUCUUUCUCUUAUUCGGGUCAGACAGAACACUGGCCAAGACUCACCAAAGAUUUGAAGCCCAGGCAUAAAUGACCACUUAAUAUUGGUCCAGUUCAGAAUGUUUUUGGAGAACUGCAUUUUAGUACAUUGUAUUUGUGCUCAUUUAAAAUGUGUUUAGAAAUAACGACUUUUAAAA